AUGGAUUCUUCGAUAAAUAAAGUAAUCAAGAGAAAAAGAGUGGCAAGAGCCUGUUCCUUGUGUAGGAAAAAGAAGGUUAAAUGCGAUGGCAAAGAGCCUUGCUCGAAUUGCACUACCUCCAAAAAUGAUUGCAAAUAUGAUGAGCUCAAGAAGGUCAACAAACCAAGGAAAAGAUUGACAAAUUCAGAAAAUAUACAUUCUCUCAACUCAAGGUUGGAGAGGUUGGAGAGUUUACUAGAAAAUAUAGCGACUAAGAUUGGACAAGAUCAAACAGAUCUGAUGCGACAGAGUGGAUCAUCGGAUCACUCUGAAUCCGAAACCGGAGACUACGAGGAUGAUGACGAAGGCGAGGAAGAGGAUGAAGUGGGCGAUGAGGAAAUUCAAGGGGAUGAUGCAGCAGAGGCGAGCACUAUUCUACAACGAGAUUCCAGCUUUACUUCUAGAAAUCCUGCAGUUGAGGAGAAAUAUGGGAAGGGUUUGGGGAAUGCAACCAAUGGCUCUAAGACUGAUAGGUUUGGUGAAACAACUUCAUUCAGUAUUAUUGAGGAGAAGAAGAAGAUUUUGGGUACAAAGAGCCUUAGCGAAUUCUUUGGUUCUCAUUCUCUUCUAUAUAUUGUCUUCUCUGAUAAAUCUCAGGAAUGGUUCAAAGAAAAACUCCCAGCAAAGCAUGCCAAGCUUCUAGCUCCAAUAAUUAAAUUUCCACAUGCCAUCCAACACUGGGGCCAAAACUUCACAAAGUUGUGGAAAGAUCCACCAAUACUAAACAGCAAACAAGUUGAAGAAGUUAAGACUGGGUCUUUCCCUGAAUAUGACUUGGUAUUCGCAUUACUUGAAAAUGUUUAUGAUGGGAUAUUCUUGGCAAGCUACCUUUGUAAAGGGGAGUAUUUAAAGCAACUUUUUUCAAUAUAUUACAAAAAUAAGGGUAUCAAGUAUGUUAACGACCCUCUUGUACCUAAAAGGAAAUUAUUACUUUCAGAAAUUUUGAUAAUGAAUAGCGCUUUGCUGCUUUGUAUUGUAAAUGUUUUGGACAAGAAAGCUGCAGGAGCAGAACAAGUAUCACAAUUAUCUCCAAAGGUGAGAGAAAUCAAGAACGAAUUUUUUUUCCGUUUGCAAGAGCAGUGCCUUAGUAAUUGUAUUUUUGCGUAUAUGAGGGUUGUGGCCUUCAGCGAAGGACUUCCUACUGUUCAGGGGAUUUUAUUAUUUGUAAUAUAUUUGGAAAUGAGUAGUCUUUUCCCUCAAGUAAAUUAUAUGCUAACUUCAAUGGCUGUUAGGGUUGCCCAAUCUAUAGGGUUACAUAGAUUUGAGUCAUUUCAGAAUGAUACCGAAGAGAUUGCUGAUCUUAAGAGAACUGUCUGGUGGACCUGUCAGUAUUUAGAUAUGGAAAUUUGUUAUAGGAGUGGGAAACCACCCUUGAUUAAUGUUCAAGAUGUAUCAACAUUGACGGAGAAGGAUACUAGUUCCAAGAUUGCAGACAAUGAUGAUAUGGAUUGGUUGGGGAUGCUGCAUGAGGAAUGUGUUGAAUUACAAAAAAAUAUGACUGAAUCGGAGAGGAAAGUCCUGUCGGGGAUUUUUCAUAACUAUGCUGCAUAUAUUUUACUUCGUUUGACUUGGGUCAGAGCCAAAGGAUACUCGCAGCUAUUUAGUGCCUCGGUUGACAGCUUUUCUCCUGAGACUUUAGUUUCUACGUUGAGAGAACUCAACUUUGAUAUUCGAAGUCUUGCGCAUGGGAUUCAUCCUGAAUUGAGGCCCAAGUAUUAUAAUGAACCUGGUUUUGACGCUAUUCCGUAUGAAAAUAUCUUCUUAAUGAGCUCAUAUGAUGACUGUGGUCCUGAGUACGUUUUAACUUUCCAUUUUACUUACUUCUUACAGAUAAUGUCAGUCAAUCGUAUUCCAUUUCUUCUUGAAACCGAGAGUGACAAUAUUACUAGCGAACUACUACUGUACAGAAAUUCAGCUUUGGAUUGUGCAAGAACCAUUAUAUGUAUAUGCAUAAGGAUCAGCCAUAAAUCAUCUCCUUUAUCUUUCCUACAUUGGUCUGCAUUUUGUCCAUUCACUGCAUAUUUGGUUUUAUUUGGCAAUUUGGUGAAUCACAAGGACCGAGGUUACUCGGAGGACGAUAUGUUCGAUAUCAAUCUUUUGAUUAGAAUUUCAAUGUUGUUUUCUAGAUACGAUCUUAAUACGCCACUAACCAUUAACUACCAAAGAGAUGUUAUUCACGAUUUAUGUAUCAGAGUUUUACUCAAGAUCUUAAUUCAAGUAGUGGAGCUGAAUUCUAAUUUAAAGAUUCAAGAAAGCACACCAGGGUUGAGAGAGCAUCUUAGAAGACCAGAAGAAGUAUUUCCAGACUUGUACAAGGGAAAAGUCCAAGGUUUGCUGUAUAUGUUUGAUGAGAUUAAGUAUUCUAAUUCUGUUCUGGAAAGUAGUAGCGUGGGUCAGAGCUCUACAGGAGAUUCUCCACAUUCCAUAAAGAAUCAACACGUAAUGGAUACCCGAUUUUAUCAGGGGCAACCUAGUCCAAAAACUGAGUUCGUUGGACACAGCAUUUAUCCUCUACUGCAUGAAAGUCAAUUUGAGCAUCAUACUCCAAAUUUGCCCCAUACCCCUUAUAACCCACCACUACUUUCACUGGGUAGUGCAAGAAAUUCUCCAUCACUCUCAAAUAUAAUGAACCCCACAAUAGCUUCAUCUAUGACUGGAUCCACCCCAUUGCAGCAUACAAACAACUUCUCUUCGGUGUUUGACCCGUUCAGUUUGGGAUAUGACAUUGAUGAAACCUUCACUACAAUGAUGAAUAAGAUGCCCAAUUUUUUUUAUGAUAACAACUUGGGAAAUUGA